CUUCGACCCCCGUCCCAGUAAUGGAAGCCUCAACAGGGCCUCCCCCUCUCCCAGCUCCUCCACCCCAACAAAAAACAGAAAAGAUUAGGCAAAAGCUCCUGCAAGAAGGUGUUGCCCCAACUCCCAAAAUCAUCCACACAAUCCGCAAGAAGGAGCUCCAGAAACUCAACCGACGCCUGGCCAAACAAGCUGCCAAACAGCCCCUACCCGUCCUAACAGAUUCCCAGCAACAACUUCUUGCUGAAGAAUCCCAUUUCAAGACUAUAAAAUCUGAAUACAAGAACUUCAGAAAUGCAAUUAGUGGUGCAAAAAAGAUGGUGGGUCGGCCAUGGGAGAGACUGGAGAGGCUUAAAUUGAGAGAGCUUGCGAGUGAGAAUAAAGAAUAUGGCGGAGACAAGUUGAAGACUGAGCACCUGAUCGAACUCAGCGACAUUAUGGAGAGUGAAAAGGAGAAAUUUCACUGGCUUUUAGAUGAUGAUAUCGAAGUGGAAAAAGAUUGGCUCGAUAAAGAAAGGAGUACGUGGGUCCCACCCAAGCAUUGCCGGAGUGAAGCUGAAACAAUUGAUAUUUUUCUGGAGAGAUUGGAUGGUUCGGAGCCGCGUGUGAAGGACUGGAAAUUCUCGAAGAUAAUGAAGCUGUCUGGAUUGCAGUUCACGGAAAAGCAGAUGCUGAAGGUAGUGGAGGGGCUGGGUGAGAGAGGCAAGUGGAGGCACGCAUUGUCUGUUGUGGAGUGGGUUUACAGUUCUAGGGAGCAUAGACACUUUAGGAGCAGGUUUGUAUAUACAAAGUUGUUAGCUAUUCUUGGGAAGGCCAGGAGACCUCAUGAAGUUCUUCGAAUAUUCAAUUUCAUGCGAGGGGAUGGACAUAUAUAUCCUGACAUGCCUGCCUACCAUAGUGUUGCUGUUGCACUGGGCCAAGCUGGCCUUUUGAAGGAACUGCUGAAAGUAAUUGAAUGCAUGAAGGAAAAACCGAAGAUAAUUAAAAAUAGGAAGUCUAGGAAUUGGAAUCCUGAGCUUCAACCGGAUGUCAUCAUAUUCAAUGCCGUUCUGAAUGCAUGUGUUCCAUCCCAUCAGUGGAAGGGAGUAUCUUGGGUGUUUCAGCAGUUGAGAAAGAGUGGUCUUAGACCUAAUGGAGCAACUUAUGGGCUCUCCAUGGAGGUAAUGCUGCAAUCUGGAAAGUAUGAUCUUGUCUACGAAUUCUUUGGGAAAAUGAAGAGAAGUGGAGAAGAUCUGAAAGCCCUUACUUACAAAGUUCUUGUGAAAGCCUUCUGGGCAGAAGGCAAAGUCAGUGAAGCUAUCCAGGCAGUCAGAGAGAUGGAAGACAGGGGAAUUAUUGGGACGGCCUGUGUGUAUUAUGAGCUUGCUCGUUGCCUUUGCUUCCAUGGCAGGUGUCAAGAAGCUAUAAUGGAGGUUGAGAAACUAAAGAAUGUUCAUCGGACUAGACCCGUGGAGGUUACCUUUACCGGCAUGAUUUUGGCUGCCAUGGAUGGUGGGAAUUUAAAUGGUUGUUUAGCUAUCUUUGAACAUUGUAAAAGAUGCUGUAGCCCUGACAUUGGAGUCAUUAAUGCUAUGUUGAAAGUAUAUGGGCUAAAUGAUAUGUUUCUUGAAGCUAGAGAACUAUUUGAAGAAAUUAGGAGAGAUUAUCCGGGUUCUGGGAUUUUUCAGAAUUGUUGGGCAUCUUCUCUUAGCCCUGAUAUUUACACAUUCAGCUUAAUGCUAGAGGUAUCUGCGAGUGCAAUGCAGUGGGAGUACUUUGAGUAUGUAUACAAAGAAAUGACCCUUGGUGGACAUAAGCUUCAUCAAAAUAAACAUGCAUCCAUGCUAGUGGAAGCAUCCAGAGCUGGAAAGUGGCACUUACUGGAGCAUGCAUUUAACACAGUUUUGGAGGAUGGUGAAGUACCGCAUCCUACAUUCUUUACUGAAAUGGUAUGCCAAGCUGUUAUCCAACAUGAUCAUGAAAGAGCUGCCACACUAGUUAACACAAUGGCUCAUGCUCCAUUUCGAGUUAGUGAAAAACAAUGGAUUGAGUUGUUUGAAGAAAAUGAAGACCGAAUUAGCAGGGCUAGUUUGAGGGAGUUAUCAGAUGCUUUGUGUAGUCAUCAUCUAGCAAACGAGGCCACAGUUCUUAACUUUACUCGAGCAUUGCAGUUCCUCUGUGGUCCUUCAAGCUUGAGUAGCUCAUUGGAUUUAAUAUCUUCUGGCAACAAUUUGACGGGUUUAUUACCUCCAGAUGGUUGUGAUCAGUUAUCUGACGGCACUGGAAGUAUAAAUCCCAAUAUAGCUGGUGUGAAUCCACCCAAGAGUCUCCAAGUUAACAGAAAUGACAGAAGCAGUUUCGAUGGGUUGUCCAGUUACAAUAACGGAGGGAAUGGGAGUGCUAGUCCACACAUAAUGCUUGAGCAUUCUGGCAAUCCUUUUGCGUCUACAGAUUUUGGUCUUACUUACUGGGAGAGCAACUCAAGUGACAUCAAAUGCAACGAUCUAGGGGCCUGUGAUGAUGAUGACCUGGAAUUUGAGGUGUCAGCCAGUGGACAUAGCGAUUCCCGUGGAUCCAAUGUACCUUCAGCCGAUGAGAUUCUGAAAAGCUGGAAGGAAAUGAGACAAACUGAUGGCAACUUCUUUUCCCUCCCAGUUGUCCAGAACCAAAUUGAGAUGCAUUAAGCUAUAGAGCUUCUUCUGAAGAACUUCUUGGCAGUUGAGUCGGGCAUUGGUAUACAUACAUUCAUUUAAAUUAGGUGUACUUGAGUCAAAGCAUCAUGUGUAUCUGGUGUUAUGUUCUAUUUUGUUUUUCCAUGAUACACUUUGGGUGGCAAGAUUUUCAAUGAUAUACUUGCAAUUCCCACAAAUUACUUGUGCAUAAUGAAGUCCCUUGUUAUAUUU